CGAGCAUCAGCUGAGAAGCGGACAUUUUUAAAAGUCGUUCGUCGUCGGGGGGAUUUAAAGGCGGACUUUUAACUAUUUAAAAUUAACAGCAUGAAGACCCCAGACAAGGAACCAUCAUUACAAGCACCCAUUUUACCUUGCACAUUAAUUGCGGAGACCCUUAAUGCUGGGGGCACGGUGAAAAAGUCAACUACUUACAAACAGAUAAAACUCAUCUUGGGUCGAAAUGAAUUCAGGGACCUGAUCCUGCGUAUAGAUUCCCCAAAACACUCUCUCAAAUUUUCACUGAGGGACUUUGUACUCCAUAAGCGAUUCUUGAAGGAGGGAAAAGCCACCAUCAGUCUGAAGGAUGCAAACGUAAACUUGAUGAUAGCAAACGCCCCUCCAAAUCAGCUGCUUGUCUUUAUGAAGACGCUGGCAGGGAAGCAUGCGGCGACUGGUGUGAAUGGUGGAGUGGUUAAUGCAAGAAAACGUCUCCUGUCAACAGUUCCAAAAAGCUUUGAGGAAAUCAGUCCUCUUACUUUUAAUGAGUAUGAAUCGGUGAGGAAAAAUGGAGGCAAAAUGCCACUGAAGGAGAGAGCUGCAAAUGUCCCAGAUGCUUCCCCUGUUUCUAGUAAACGUAAAAGGGAUUCAAAGGACACCUCAGGAUCCUCAACACCUAAGGUUCCCCGUUUUCUUAACCCUCUAGUCCUUACAUCUGAACAGAAACGUGUGUUGCAAGUUGUACAGUCUGGCCAAAACGUAUUUUUUACUGGGAGUGCUGGUACCGGCAAAAGUUUUUUGCUGAAGCGGAUUGUUGGUGCUCUUCCUCCUGAUGUUACUUUUGUGACUGCAAGCACGGGUGUUGCUGCCUGUCAGAUUGGGGGAACUACAUUGCAUGCAUUUGCAGGCAUAGGCAGUGGCAAAGCUUCUGUUGACCAGUGCAUCCAGUUGGCAUCAAGAAGAGUCAUAGCUCAGCAAUGGAAGAAAUGUAAACAUCUUGUUGUCGACGAAGUGUCAAUGGUUGAUGGAGAUUUUUUCACAAAACUGGAAGCAGUAGGGAGAGCAGUAAGAGGAAAUGAUAAGCCUUUUGGUGGAAUCCAGCUAAUUUUGUGUGGGGAUUUCUUGCAACUUCCUCCUGUUACUAGGCCUGGGGAGAAACGAGUCUUUUGCUUCCAGACACCUGCUUGGGAUCGCUGUAUUAACCUUAGCAUGGAGCUGACUGAUGUGAGGAGACAAGACGACCAAGAGUUUAUUGAUAUACUACAAUCUAUUCGGCUGGGAAGGUGUAAUGAAGAAAUGGUGGAGCGCUUAAAACAAACAGAGAAGAACACUGUAGAAAGGGAUGGUAUUAAGGCUACUAGGCUAUGUACUCAUCGCGAAGAUGUGAAUCACAUUAAUCAAGAACAUCUAAAAAAAUUAGCAGGUGAUACUCAGGUUUUCCAGGCUGUUGACAGUGAUCCUGGUCUGUCAUCUUUACUUGAUUCUCAAACCCCUGUUGUAGCUAAGUUAACCCUCAAAGUUGGUGCUCAAGUCAUGUUGAUGAAGAAUCUCGACGUUGGCCAAGGCUUGGUCAAUGGUGCAAGAGGUGUUGUUACAGGCUUCAAGAUGGGUAAAGAAGGGAACCCUGUUGUAAGAUUUUUAUGUGGUGUCACAACAGAAAUCAAGCAUGAGAAAUGGACAGUCAAAGGCUCAGGUGGUAUUUAUCUACACAGAAGACAACUCCCUUUGAAGUUGGCGUGGGCUUUCUCUAUUCACAAAUCACAGGGAAUGACUCUAGACUGUGCAGAAAUGUCUCUCUCAAGGGUAUUUGAAGCGGGUCAAGCCUAUGUUGCCCUGUCACGCGCAAGAAACUUGACGAGCAUCCGUGUGCUGGACUUUGGACCAGAAUGUGUACGCGCUCAUCCUGAUGUCCUCAAAUUCUACCAGGGUCUAAGAAGAGCCCGUUAUGAGGAACAGCAAUCCAUAAUGCAAUAUCUUUAGGAUUAAUUUUAUUUUUAGAAGGAUUUUAUUGUAAUUGAUAUAUAAUUAAUAUAUUAACACUCUCCUAUCCAGUGUCACACUCUGAUCCACCCCUAUGUUCUGUAUGUAAUGUCCCUCUUUCAGUACCACACAUUCUAUUAUCCUGUCUACUUUGAUGCAGCCUGUACCUCUGUUUUCCCUCCCUCCCUAUCCUCCCUUCACUGACCUCCCAACGUAUCAGAUAGCCUUACAGAAUCUCACUCUUUCUGCUUGGAUAACUUUGUUCUCCUUUACUUGAUCUAACCCCUUUAACCCCUUGCCGCCGGGUGACGGCGAUACGCGUGUAAACAAAUCGCUCGAAAGGUGGCGUGCGGCCAAACCAGCCGGCGGCGAGCCAGUGAUUCGGGCUGACGCCCCGUACUCCGGCGCUCAAAGUCGGCGCGCCGCCUUUGUUUGCCAGAGCGUAGAGUUUUUUUUUCCUUUUGUACACCCGGCGUCAUUGGGUUAACUAACCCGAUCUUAACCCAUUCACUUGUCAACUCCUUUGCCCAAGUUUAGCAACUAACCACUAACUCAACCACCCUUCACUAUCCUUUACUAUACCUUCCUGUAGUGCUACAUGACCUUAGAUGUCUAGCACAUUUAUUUUGGUUUUAAACAUUAACCAUUAACCAUUAAUAUAUUACAGGUAUUCAACCUCAGGUUUUCUUAUGGAACUGUCUUUCUUUCGUGUGCAUGUUUAAGUAUUUGAUGAGUCCCAAAGUGGAAUGAAACCUUGUUUUAUAAAAUUGUGCAUGCAAUUUAGGGCAUGAUGUGGAAGUGAUAGAUCUGAGAGAAAUAUAUGGCAUUAAUGCAUAUAUUGUAAACACAUGUUACAAUAUUGUGUGAACAAAGAUGAAAUGAAAGAGACAAGAGGAGAAUGGAACAAUAAACUAGGAAGUUGAUCAUGGUUUACCGUGAUUGCUCCUUCUGUUUUAUGACUGUAUACUGCACAUUGCAUUAAUUUAUGUAUUUUAUUUAAAGAAAAAAAAUUUAAACACUGUUUUUCUGU